AUGCUGCGUCGGUGGGGCGUUCGCCUGGCACCGACCACGACAGAUGCCGCGGCAAAGCUCCCGGCGGGCAAGCCUGUGAAUAAGUCAUGGUUCAGGUACAAUCUCAUCAUCCGAAGGAAGUCAUCGUACCGUUCUCGCUGGGGGACGGGGGCGGAGGGGUACGGCACAGGUGUCCCCUUCAGCGAUCAGGUGAAACUCCACUGCGUUGACAACACAAACUGCAAACACGUGCGGCUCAUAUCGAAGGCCACCGCUGAGCGUUUUGCACACUGCCGCAUUUUUCCUGCAGUGGCGCACCGGGUUUCAGUGCAGCGCUUUAAGUCUGGUCGGGGAGAGGUGAGUCGGCACCGUGUGAAGCCCGGGAAUAUCUACUGGAUUUGUCUGCUCUCCCGACGCCAAACAAAUACACGGAUGAGUGGGCUUCAAACAAACUUUGAUAGAAAUACAUGCAUUUUGAUGAACGAUCAGCGUGUCCCACUUGGAACCCGCGUCAUGUACUGUGCCGGGCGUCACGUGAAUCACAAGUACCACUUGAAGGCAGUUGUCCUUGCCAAUUUCUUUAUUUGA